GCGCAAGCCAUGCACAUAGCUAAACCGCGUCGCCACGUUCUCCUUGCCCAUUAUCAACUUCACGUAGUCACAGCCGUCCAAUUUUGAUCAACGGCUGCUAUGACAUCUUUAUCGUGUCUCUUUCGUGAAAAGUUUCCAGCAAAUUAUCACCUACUUGAUUUUGCAUGAAGCAUGAAGAAUAAGUAAAACGAGAUUUCGAUGAUCUAUUAAUCUCAGCCGUCCAAUCAAACAACUUACACAACCCAUGUCGGAAGAAAAAAAGUCAAAAAUAUAAUAAUAAUAUUAAUACUGUAUAUAUUAACACAUGAUUGCCAUUGGUUGUGUGUGUGGCUGAGUCAGUAUAACGUAUAUAGAAACACAACCAUUGGUGUGAUUAGGUUCUGUAAUAGAUUUUAAGGGAAUCUACAUAACAGAUUCAUAACGUGAAGCAAUCUCCAAUUCGAUUGCAUCAUCAUCGAGUGUCUCUCUAUCUGCAUUAUUGUUUCGUUUGUGUAAACGGAGAUGGCGAGUAUUUGUUGCGGCGGAGGAAGAGGAGGACGCGCACGUGCCGUUCGUUCUGAUCGGCGAACUGUCACCGUUCGAUCUCCGUGUGUUGCUCCGGUGAUUAAUCGACGGAGUUGGGUAGAGUCUGGGAAGAUUUCGAUGACGAUGUCAAUGGCUGAUAUGGCGCCGCCGGUGAAGAUCGGCGAAAGGAAACGCGGCGGAUCGGUUGUGUCGCGAGAAAAGAUCGAGGAGUGGCUGAGGGCUUCGGUUGUUGAGAUCGUGAAGAAUCUGAGAGAGUCGCCGUUGUUGGUGCACUUGUACGCGGAGGCGAACGGAGGCUUGAGUACGACGGCGAAGAAUCCGGAGGCGGAGGAUUGGAAGGCGAUGGUAGGAAGGUGGGGUAGAGGAGAGGAGAGGACGCCGGAGGGAGUGAUCUUCGUGGAGAAGCUAGAUGACGAUGAAGGAGAUGAUCACGGUGGAUUCAACGGUGGAGAAGGUGCAACAAGCGCUUGGGGGAUAGUGGCGCAGGGAAGAGGAACGGAUUGUGGACCGGUUUGCUACCUGUUGAAAACGACCCGGGUUGGGUCGGGUAUGGGGACGGUUUGCACACAUUUUUGCUUGGUGAAGGUGAAGAGUUUUAGGGAGACGGCUUUGUCACAGUUGAAUAACUCCUGGUUGGUGCAGACUGGUCAAUGAAUCAAACUCUAGGUUUCAUGGUUCCUUAUUUGAAGGCUAAGAUCGUGUAAUUAUUCUCUUUGGGUUUGAAUUAUAAAAACCCUUAUAGAUGAUCAAAGUACCUUUGUUAUUGUUACAGCAUAUACAUUAAUCUUUCAACAUUUUUCAGAAA